UUUCUCUCCAGAAAUAAAAUAAAAAAAUCACUCCUCUACAAGUGGUGAUUCCUUCUCUAUUUAUAGAGAAAGUUGCAGAAUUCAUUCCCACAUAUUUCGGGAAGAUAUUUUGUAAAUCCAUUGAAAUAAUGAUAUUAAAUGCAUUAUCUUCUAUAUACAUGGAAACGCCCCAUGAAGAUCGAGAAUGGAUAACAGAUUAAAUGAUAUCCCUUAAAUAUUGGGAUUACAUAAUAGUAGCAUGUUCACACGUAAUGGGCUGUCCCAGGUGAUUCAUCAGGUCUUCGAGAUCAGCGAUUGGCAUUGAGUUCGUCAAGUCAAUGGGUCAGUCACGAGCUCGCCACUCAACUUCACUCUAUGCUUGGGAUAGUUAGGUGCUGACGAGGUUGUCACAUUAGAGCUUGCACUUCCCGAGCUCGAGCUAUCUCGCCUGACGACAAUUGAAGAAAAAUAUAUUUAAGUGUCAUGCCAUUGCCCAUCACGAGCUCAGAGAAUAUUCGAGGUUACGCAUCCUCGAGGUCGUUGUUUUACUUCAGAGGUUUUACGGCUGGACCAUAUGAUGUUUUCAUACAUUUUGAGCUCACCCGACGAGCCCAAUUUUCGGGGUCAUAACCUCUUAUCUCGAAUUCUGGGUGUAACAUUUUGCCCCCUCAAAAGUAUCAGUUCGAAUCCUAUGAGAAGGAAACUUUUGAACUGCCCCCCUUGGAAACUGUACCAUCAAUUGCACUCGAGUGUGGACAUGCGUCAACCAGGUAUUGAUUAAUCAGAGUGCUUGAGUGCCUUGGUACCAUGCCCACAUUCGUUAGCCUGCCAACUUUAUGGUACCAUCAUCUCAUUUGUCCCUGACUGUCGGAUCAGAUACGAAAUCUGGCCAAUGGCUCAAAUCAGCCCGACCUUUGACAUUCCCAAGGGCCUAUAAAUACAUCCCCAUCGUCUUCCUCAUUUCACUUUCUCACCUUGUGUUUUCAAAGGAAAAAGAAGAAAAACCAGAAUUCGAAUUUCCUAGUUCUUGCAUGUUUUCCAAACCAAGAAAACAAAACAACAUUGGCUUGUUCGACUCCGUGAAAUCGUUCUGGCAACCUCUCCUUCGGACUUCGAUUUCUCUGUAUCCGCCAUCUACAUUGUGUAAGUAUCUGGUCUUGACCCCUUAUAUUCGUGCUUAUACUUUAUUUUUUUCCAUGCAUGUCUUACGUUGUUGCACUUAGGCACAUUUACUAGUUUCGCACUAGAAUGCUUCAAUCAAUACCGUGUAGCUUUUAAGCCCUUCUAUUGUUAUGGAUUUUCCAAACCCAGAAUUUGCAUGAACGAUGCAAAUUCAACUUGUUUUAUGGGUUAUCUUAAUUUCGAGUAUCAUAUCGUGUAAACCAAGAAACUAGGUAUAGAAUGAGGGUUUUCAAAUUGCACGUUUCCGAAAAAUAUCACUUUUUGAGUAACCGCCAACUUUUUUUCCUAAAAUUUCGGGAUUCUAAAAAAUAAAUCCACCUUUCCCUCUUUACGUGGAAUACACGCUCCGAGCCUGAUCUCGUUCUUUUGAUCGAGCUCGUUCCAUACCUUCGAUCAUUCGAGUUUAGGCCGUCUUGGUUUUCAUUCUUAAUCUCUAGUUCGUCUGACCCUCACCCUUUUGUUCUCUUGCUAGAUGCCGCAGAACUCGGAAGAGAAGUGGGGGUCAAAAUUUGCGAUUCCUUACUUGCCAGCUACUCUGAGCCCGGAGUCACCUUUUACUUGGAACCAAUGCUUGAUACGGGAGCACGAACUUAGGUGCGAGCAAGAAGACACCCGAGCUCAUUUCCAUCGCCAAAUUGAUGAGGUCGAAGAGAGGAAAAGGAAGAGACUUAGGGUCGCCAUUUACCCAGAUCCAGACCCUGAGCCCAGACCAAUCCCCAUCGAUCCCACUCUUAAAGUGACAAUCGCAUUCAAACCAGAUGAUCUCCAUUUUCACUGAUGGGAGAACCAUCAAAUCCCUCAUCUACUUCGCAGCCAACCUCUAUUCCCACCUCAAGGGUGGAAUUUUUCGAGGCCAAGCAUUAUUGGAGCUCAAUUUCUUCACUAGGGUAGAUCUCUGACAUCUUGGCCCUCCACAGAAUUGUACUAUCAGGCUUGAUGAGGUGUCGAGCUCCAACUUUCCAUGAGCGAAGCUGUCGCGCCCCGAGAGAUGGGAAUCCCGACAGUAAGUUGCAAUAUACGGCUUGGAGCCAUGAGCACAUGAGGGCAGGGGCCUUAUUGCCCUUGAAGUCUUUUUUCGAGGACGUUUUGGAUUUCGUCAGGCUUGCUCCCUUCCAACUGAACACCAACUCGUACAGGAUUUGGUCAGCCCUAAGGUCGCUUUACCACGAGCUAAAGUGGGAAGGACCUUCACCAAAGGAGAUUUUAUAUCUCUUUUGUUUGAAAAGCAACCCCUCCCGAGCUCGGGGAGGAGAUGGCUUCUAUUACCUCUCGACCUAUCCCCGGGAGAAGAAAAUCUUUGAAGACCUACCGAACCAUCCCCCCAACUUCAAACUCGCGUUCUUCUAGACGGACGGCCUGACCCCCUCCAGAUAUUACUCUUUCAAGUGAAUCUGUAAGUAUACGGUCCUUUUCUUUUCAUGAUCGAAUUUUUUUUAAGCUCGGACCACUCAUAACAUUCAAUUCUUCAGCCAACUACCACCGCCCUACUCCCACGGAAAAGAUGAAGGAGCACAAGGAAACCUUGCUCCAACUCCCUUACGGUAGGCGGUCCCUGUCUUAUCUUCUGCAUGAAGAUAAGCUUCAAGCUCGCGGUCUCCUAGAAAAGGAUCAAUCCACAAAUGACUGGUCCAAUAAAAAGUACACCAAUAGGGAGUUUGUGCCUCUUCCAACCGACAACCUUCCUCCGAGGCGAAGCUCUAAGGCACGAUCCCUAGCUUGCCAUCUAAGAGGUCCGUGCUCGGGGAACGAGGCCAAUGACGAGGCUUCGAACUCGAGCGAUAGAGGUACAACCUUAGUUUGGCUUUAUGGUCUCCCUCACUACUUAAGCAUAAGCUCGAUACCUUAAUCUUGUGUGAAGAUGAUAGGAACCAAUUUUAUGUAUGGUCUUGGGCAGAUGAGAGGGUUCAUAGGUUUGAUAGUUGGUUAGGGAAGUAUGAUACUAUGUAUAGUCUGAACGAGGUCUGGGAUGGAAUAGUUGUCCAAUACAGGAUGAAUUAUUAUAGGGACCUGUCGAGGUUAACCUCCACAUAUAUGGAAGGGACUCCCCCUGCCUCUUCCGAAUAUGGGGAAAUUUCAUGGUCGCCGAGCACGAGCACGAGCUCGGGGGAGAGUUCCAGUACCAUGGACUCUGAUCUCGAUACCGUGCUCGUCAGUGGCGAGGGGGCCAAGAGGAGUAGGCGCCCGAGAGCCUCGCAAAAGUCAGAUCGGCCUGCCAAGGUCCUUAAGAGGACCGAGAAGAAUCCUCCUCCUCUAGCUCCCACGGUUACGAGCCCAGCCAUGGAUCUGACUCCUCAGGUCGAAGCGUCCACCACAGGUGUUCCCUCUUUGCCUCCUUCGAUCAUGGUCCCCUCAACGGUCGGCCCACCUCCGAAGAAGCCCUCGGCCUCCAAAACAUGCUUGUUCUUGAUUUCUACUCAUGUUGAUGAGUAUGUUGUUGACAAUGCUGCCGGGACUCAUGGGGCCACACUUGGCUCGGACGUCUUGUCUCGGGUAGGCCAGAGCAUCAGCAGCUUCGAGGCUCCCCAAUGGCAGUUUUUGAACAAUGCUCGGGACUGUAAUACUCUUUACGACAAGAGUGUCGAGCUCGCUACUGCGUCUCUUUCUGCCUUUGCACAACUUAAUUAUAAGUUGAACAACAAGGUUCGCUCGAGCAUGUCCUAUGCCCAAGAUUCGAAGGAUCUUCAAAUUAAGCUCGCUGACGAGUUCAAGGCUGCAAAGACAGAGAUGGAGGCUGAAGCCGGGCAGAUGAAGUCUAGGAUAGCCGAGCUCGAGAAGCUAAAUGUCAGGCUUGAGGAGCUUGAGAAGAUCAAUGCCAAGCUUUAGGAGGAGAAAAGGGCCACCUUCGAGAUAAUGGAGGGCGAAAAGGCUCAUCUUCUUGAAGAGUUCAAGGAGAAGACGGAUCGGGCAGUCGACCUGGUCAUGUACAGGAUCUGGGCCAGUAACGCCGAUCUCGAUACUAGCUUCUAGGCUCUUUUGAAGAAGAGCUUGUGGCCAAAUGGUAGGCUUGGCUCGAUGCGGAGGAGGCUGCUCGGGCGGAGGCAGAGAAGGCCAAGGAGGAUGCUGAGAAAGCUAAGGGGGGUGCUCUUUCCUCUUAAAUCUCGACCCGGGGCUGCAUCCCUUUGAACCCCUUGUAAUAGUUUUUAUCUUCUGUAUUGUAUGCCCUUGGGGCUAAGACAAUUUAUAGCUCGUAAAAGAGCUAUGAUAUUUAUAAUACUGUGUUUGACUUUACUUUAAUAUUUUUUCUUUACAUUUCUUAAUUCGAAAUAUUUCAAGCAAUUUAUAUUAAAAGUGUCCUUAAGUUUGUUUAUUCAUACAAACACGUGGUGGAUUUUAAGCUCGAGCUUCAAUGCAUUUAUGCACAGUUUACUCGAUGUAUCCGUGUCCGAUCUCGUUACACGUCAAGGUCGGAACUUACUUUUACCAUGCACUCGAAAGUACUUAUGUGGCAUGUAAUGUGGGUGGUUUAGUUAUAUCCUACUUUUAUAGUUACUUUCCUCGUCCUCGGGUAGCUCCCCAAAGUUAUGAGGACGAAACUAUCUCUUUGCCAGAAAUUCCAGCCUCGAUCUCAACUUAACUUGAAGUAGGUUUAUUUAUAUUCCAACUUUCUGUUGAUUAGUUUUAGCUGGUUUGUUCCAAACCUAUUUAGGUCAUGUUUUUGGUUCGUAUUCCAUACACAAAUAUUUUUGAUCUAGUUAUGUCUAGAUCGCGCAUUUGGUUUUAUCCAAAUUACCUUGCCUCGGUCAUUUGGUGAUAUCCAAACACUUUUAUUCUUUAAUAAUUUGGUUAUGUCCAAACUAUCUUAGCUCGCAUAUUUGGUUAUAUCCAAACACUUUUAUUCUUUUAAUAAUUUGGUUAUGUCCAAACUAUCUUAGC